AUGACGAGCAUCCGCAAAGUCAUCAUCUCACAGUACGGCGACGUCGACGUGAUCAAAGUAGUCACAGAUGUCUGCCCUCCACCGCCCCCCGGCGAAAUCCAAAUCGCCACAGAAUACUCAGGCUUCUCCGGCGCAGACGUCAACAUGCGCAAGGGCAUCUACCCCUUCAUGAAGAAAGCGCCCCUCACACCAGGCUACUGCCUCGUCGGCACCGUCCGGGCUCUCGGCGAAGGCUCCAAGAACUUUCAAAUAGGCGACGUCGUUGCCGUCCUGACCAAAUACGACUCCGAGGCGGAGCUUGUCAACCAGCCGGAGAAGUACUGCAUCCGCGUGCCCGACGGCGUGGAUCACCGCCAGGCGACGGCGCUCAUUUGCGACUGGAAUACCGCGUACGGCAUGGUGAUGCACUCGGCGAGGGUAUCCAAGGGCCAGCGGGUGUUUGUGCACGGGAUGAGCGGCGCGGUGGGGUUCGCGCUCAUGAAGCUUGCGCAGCUGCAGGGGGCCACGGUCUACGGUACCGCAAGCCAGCGGAACCACAUUGACGUUCGGCGCGAGGGCGGUAUCCCGUUCGUAUACAGCGACAAGAACUGGAUGAAGGAGAUGAACGCCCUGGGCGGCGCGCAUGCUGUGUUUGACCCGCUUGGGUUUGAGAGCUUUGACGAGAGCUACUCCAUUCUCGCGGAGGACGGCACGCUUGUUGGGUUCGGGAAUAACAAGGCUUCGCUGAACGAGGGCGCGCCUCCUCGGAACCCGACGGGUGCGCUGUUGAAGCUGUUCGCGAGAAACUUGAACUUGUUGACCAAGAGGAGCACGACUUUCUACGCUUUGAACAGGGACUCUGCAACGUAUGUGCCUAAUGUCACGGCGUUAUUGGAUAUGUUGAGGACGGGGACGAUUACGGUGCCAAUCAAGUGUGUUUGGGACAUGGAGGAUAUCCAGACUGCGCAUCGGCAAUGGGGUGGUGGAAGUGGUGUUGGAUCUUUGUUGAUCAAGGUAGCCAAGAACUAG